CUCAUCCCGUCUCCCAGGUGGCUCUUCGUUCUCCCUCGUACCGUUAUGCGCAAGCAAUGAGUGGCAGACGCGACAGGGUUCGCGUAGGUGCAGCGCCAUCACAUGCCGCAGCGACUAUGUUUACUUCCAAGGCCCCUAGAAUUGUAGUCCACGCAUCUCUGCUCCUUUCCGGAGCUGACAUGUAGUCCCCGUGAAACGUCCCCGUGAAACGUCCCCGGUCAUGAUGGUUAGGGCGUCCCUCCUCCGCGAACGCUCGGGACGACGCGGGGUCCUCCGCAACCUGCACCGGCGCCCUGCGUGCUUCUUUCAAGUGACGCCCGCAGUCCAACGCCUCACCACCGACCAUUCUUCGCUCAUUCUUCAGCAAUGAUGUUGUCCAGGCAAGAGUCCAAGCCGCGCGGCGGAAAAGCAAAGCUCGGAGAAGUCACCAAUAUCCUCGCCGAACUGAAAGCCGACCUCGACGCGAAGAAGCUGCCUGCGAAUCACAGGAAGCAGCUGCUCGAGCGGCUCAAAGUACACGGCCGGGCGGUCGAGGAUGCGGACCCUAUAUUCACAGAGGACGGCAUUCGAACAUUAUGCCGCUAUGCCUUCGACGAGAGCCAUGUGCAGGUCUCGCAAGAAGCGCUCCGAUGUAUCGCCAACGCCCUCCUCCUCCAGCAGAAGACGCGCCAGAUACUGGUAGACUUGGGAUAUGGCCCGAAAGCGGCGGAUAAGCUGAGGAGCGAAAACAUCGACGACGAGUUCCUGCUCUCCCGCAUCCUCUUCCUCAUGACCUACGACACAAAUCUCGACUACGACAAACUCGUUCGUGAAAACCAGCUCGCAGAUAACAUAAACCUCGCCCUCUCUCGCCACGCAAAGCGAUACUCCAAGUCCGCAAAACGCGCCUCGCAAAUGCACACCAACCCCAUGGACCUCAUGGCACUUUCCGAGACCCUCAAACUCCUCUUCAACAUAACACACUUCUACCCCGACCUGAGCGAACAUUUCUCCCAAUCCAUACCACACAUCUUCAAGAUCCUCAUCCGGCGGAAGAUCCCAAGCCCACCUCUCCAAGCGCCCGUCAACUACCUCAUCAAUGCCCUCAUAAACCUCGAUCUCGAAGACAAAAAAGGGCAGCAAAUCAAGUUCCUGGGCAUGAACGCCGUGUUCCCGAAAAUCGAUGCAAAGUGUAACGCCGAACACCUCAUCAACAUCCUCGACAACGCCAUUGUCGCAUACUCCGAGCGAGAGCUCGACGACACCAUCGCCCCGGUACUCACCCUCAUCCGCCGCAUCUACGAAAUAGCUCCCGAAAGCGUGAGGAAAUACAUGGAAUGGCUCCUCCUCCCCACAGACGAAGAGCGCUCGCGCCCGCUCGGCCAAUCCGACACACUCUCCGCGCGCCUGCUCCGCCUCUCCACCUCCGCCAUGACGCCUUCGCUCCGUGGCUCCAUAUCCUCCAUGAUGUUUGAGCUGUCCGGCAAGGACGCCAGCAAAUUUGUGCAGAACGUCGGCUACGGAUUCGCCUCAGGCUUCCUGCUCAGCAAUAACAUCCAGAUGCCGGAGAAUGCGAUGGAAGCACAUGCAACAGCGAACUCGGACAAGGGUAUACCGGUGAAUCCUAUCACUGGGCAGAGGCUAGAUGCCGAGGAGCCGGUCCAAGGUCUGCCGAUGACGGAGGAAGAGAAGGAGAGGGAGGCGGAGAGGUUGUUUGUGCUAUUCGAACGGCUCAAAGCAACAGGCGUAGUGGACGUCAAGAAUCCCGUGGAGGAAGCUUACAGAUCCGGGCGUAUCGAGGAACUUCCGGAUGAUGCUGAGUAAUUGCUACCUGUGUUUCCCUUCUGUUUCCCUGUUUAGUCUGGUUGGCAUCAAAAGCGUGGGAUAUCAGCAAUGGGUGUUGCGGUACGGCUCUAGCAGAAUCGGGAGCCAAGGGUGGCUAUUUGAUAUUUCAUAGCCAUUCACCAGCGCGUAAGAAAUGCAUCACCGCCUUAUAGGAGUCUUUGCGUGGGAUAUGUCAACCUAGAAGCUUCAACAGCUUUAGCGCAAGCAGAGAUGAUAGCACAGCACAGCACAGCAUCGCCACCUCAAAGUGUAGUUGGGAUAAGUCAGCCCGGAGGCCUUCAGCCAGUGAAGCAUAGAUGAAGGGGACAGCAGAGAACCGCAGCGUAGCCGCCACCAGCCCGAUGUGGAAAACCCAACAUGGAUGCCUUCAGCCUUGUAAACUUAGGCGGAGACGCGGCAUCGCCGCCCGUAUGGCGUACGUGAU